AUGUUCCGAGACUAUGAAACUUGUACAUAGUUUGUGAUAUGUACCUACCUUACACCUCCGCAGCCGUCCGUCGAGAGCGGUCCGUGUGUACGCGAGUCUGUCGGCUUGCCAAAAUUUUUCGAGAGCCAGAAAAAAAAAUUCGCAACAAUCAUCGAUUGACGAUCGCGCAGUGCACACAGUUUGACGACGAUAUAUUAUAUUAACCUACCAUAACGUAAUAAUAUACAAUUUAAUAGAUCGAAGCUGUAACGCGUACAAGUCGACGUAAAAUUAUUAUUAGAACAAUAUUAUAUACACCGCGAUUUGUCGUUUCCCACAUUCCGUUUUUACGCGAUAAUAUUAUAAUAUUAAUAUCGUUUGCGAAAUCAUAAUUUAUCGCAAUCGCGUCGCCUCAGAAAAUCGACGGAAAAAUUGCGCGCGUUUUUCGAACUCAGUACUUCGUCGUCCGUCGUCGGGAUCGCUCGGAACCGCUCUCGUAAAGUUAUUCCAUUACGCCAGCCGGUCGCCGUACGUCUUCUCGAUCACUGAACAUUUUAAUAUAGACUAGCUGCGAUGGAUUUUUCUAAUAAAGCUGCAAAUAACAACAUACCACUCUCGGACGAAGUCUUAGAAGUUCUCGAGUCUCAAUUUAAUAAAGUCAAAACUCUUCAUUCUACAGAUUUAGAGAUUAUCGCAGCCGAAUUGGGUGUCAGAGAUAAUGAUGUUAAGAUGUGGUAUACCAAUCGUCUGGCGGCAUGGAGAAGGAGCCAAGGACUCUCAGACUGUUUUGGGCAACUGUAAAUUAAAAAAACACACCAACUAAAAAUUAUAAUAAUAAUUACUAUAUUGUUCAAGUCGAAGUUUGUUAUGCAAAUACUACUAUAGUGAUUUUACGAUUUAUACUAUGAAAUUCGGUUAAGUUAUAUAUUAUUAUUUUGUUUUGUAUUUAUUUAGUUGUUAUUAGUACUCAUUGUUUUAUUUCGACUAUUAUAUAUUAUUAUGAGUAUUAUUAUUAUUUUACACUCACCGAACUUUCAAUCAUGAUGAAUAUAUUUCUAAUAAUAUAUAUUAUGUAAAUUAACAAAACAUUAA